UCCACCAGCCUGGACUGUUGACACAAGGCAGGUUGGAUCAAUGAUUCAUGCUGCUUGUGUCAAAUUCUGACCCCACCAUCUGUGUGCCUCAGCAGAAAUCAAGAUUCAUCAGACCAGGCUACGUUUUUCCAGUCUUCAACUGUCUAGUUUUGGUGAGCCUGUGCCCACUGCAGCCUCAGCUUUCUGUUCUUGGGUGAUAGAAGUGGACGCUGACUUGGCCUUCUAAUGUUGUAGCCCAUUUGCCUCAAGCUUCGACGUGUUGUGCUUUCUGAGAUGCUUUUCUGCUCACCACAAUUGUACAGAGUUGUGGUGUCCAAUUAUCUGAGUUACUGUAGCCUUUCUAUCAGCUUGAACCAGUCUGGCCAUUCUCCACUGAUCUCUCUCAUCAACAAGGUGUUUCCGUCCACAGAACUGCCACUCACAUUUGAGUUGCAUGUUCUCACUGCACAUAUACUCCGUCUGGCUGUGAGGUCUGCUCGGAUUUCUACUACAUCGAGGAAGUGUUGAAUACGGAACCUUUCUAAAUGUCGCGGCUUGUGAGAGUAGUAUUAUUCGGGAUGAUGCAGAGCCAGGAGCUUUGACUCCACUGCUUUAGGUCUAGCCAUAGAGAAGAAGGGAAGAAUAAAGGAAGAAUGGAGCAGGCACAUAGCCUGCUGCUGAAUGAGGAUGUCUGCAGCAUACUGGGUGAGCAGCAGAGGGCCGAAUUUGUCUUCGAAUGGCUGCGCUUUCUGAAGAAGCUGCUGUCUGCUGCUGAACGGGUGGAUGUGAAGCAGAGCCAGAAGCGACUGAUGGAGCAGCUGAUGGCUGUUCUGACCAGUUCUCCUGGCCCCUCCACACGCUAUCUCUUAGCUCACUGUGUGGCCCUGGUCUAUCGCAUAGGCGAAUCACUUACCUCCAGCCUCACUGUGGACCGCUGCCAUAACAUCAUCAAGAGCAAGGAUGACUCACCCAGCUUCCUCCCCACUCGCCUGGCAGCUGUGGCCUGUCUGGGUGCGAUGUAUGAGCAGCUCGGCCGUCUUCUCAUCAGCUCCUUUAAGGAGACAGUGGCAAAUCUUCUGAAAGCCAUGAAGAGCUCUGAGUCUCAGGGGCGCUACGAGAUCAUGCUGUGUAUAGAGAAGAUCCUGAAGGGUCUGGGGGUGAGUGCAAUGCCCUGUCACAGAGACAUCUACAAAGCCACACGCUCCUGCCUCACUGACCGCUCCAUGGCAGUUCGCUGUGCUGCCGCUAAGUGCCUGUUGGAGCUGCAGAGAGAAGCUGUAUUCCUGUGGUCCACAGAGCUGGAGAACAUGGCCUCACUGUGCUUCAGAGCAUUUGAGGGCUCCAACUAUGACGUGCGUGUCACCGUCUCCAGACUGCUGGGCACUUUGUUAGCCUCAGCACUUGAGCCUAAACAAGCCAUAGCUCCCCGGCCAGGUUUGAAGCAUAGUUGUUUAGAAGAGGUGACAGAACUGGUGUCCAAUGGCUUCCUACAACGUGGAGCAGGUUUCCUGCGUGUCAGUGGGGACAUGCUGAAGGGUACCAGCUCAGUGAAUGGAGACAUACGUGUGGGCAUCACACAGGCAUGUGUGGUGUUUAUCUCCACUCUGGGUGGGACAUGGUUGGAAGCACAUUUCUCCACCCUGCUAUCUCUGCUCAUGGAGCUGGUGUGUGACCCACGGGUCAGUCAGAAUCUGGCUGAAGCUGUCUAUUGCCGACACUGUGUCUCUUACAUCCUGAGAGCCUCUGUAGGCAGCCUACUGGGAGAGAAAGCUCAGAUAGCGGUGGCCAAGGAGCUCUGCCUGGCCAUUAGCAAACAGAAGAAGGCUGUAGAUGCAGGGGGGGAUGUGGAGAUGCAAGUAAGAAGCACAGCUAUGGCAGCCAGUCAGCACAUGCUGGUGUGUGUCCUCCUGGAGCUUGGCAGUGUGUUGCAAGACCUGGGGUCCACCGCUGCACCGCUGCUGCACGACACCAGCAUAGGAAUGUUGGAUACCGUGAUCUCUGUGCUCCUUCACCCCAGCUUAUCUGCACGCCUGGCAGCUGCCUGGUGCCUGCGCUGCAUAGCUGUUGCGCUGCCCGCUCAGCUGGUUGUGUUGCUCGACCGCUGUUCAGAGAGACUUAAUGCAUUGAAGUGUUGCCCUGAGGCCGUAGCUGGGUAUAGUGCUGCAAUUGCUGCCCUGCUGGGUGCUGUACAACACUGCCCACUGGGAAUACCACAUUCUAAAGGCAAGGUGGUGAUGGGCCUGGCUGAAGAUUUAUUGCGCUCUGCUGCCCAGAAUAGUAAAAUCUCCAUCCAGCGAACUCAGGGAGGCUGGCUACUACUCAGUGCACUCAACAUCUUGGGACCCGCAGUAGUGAAACAUCACCUUCCCAGAAUGCUGCUGCUGUGGAAAUGUGCCUUUCCUCAGUCUGUUAAGGAGCUGGAGAGUGAACUUAGGCGUGGAGAUGCGUUUACAUGGCAGGUGGCACUGGAAGGCCGUGCAGGAGCACUGUUUGCAAUAAAGAAUCUAGUGAUUCACUGCAGAGAUCACCUCAGCGAUGAUGUCACUAGUCGACUGCUCCCUCUCCUCUCAUGUGCUGUGGCCCUGCUGACUCUGUUGCCUUCUCUAAUGAAAUCCUACGGGAAACAGAUCAAAAAUGCAGUGUGUGUUUUCCAAAUGAGAGUGUAUGAAGUCCUUGCACUGUUGCCCCCUAAAACCUAUGAAGAGAGCUUUGGCACUGUGUUGAAACAACUGGUGAAUGACCUCACGGAUCCGGAGAACACAACAUGUGCUGAGGUCAGCCUACUGCGGCCACUGUGCCACGGCUCGGACCUUUCUUUGCUGGGUCCGGCUCUGCAUGACAUGGACCAGCCCUACAUCGAGGAGCAGCUACAUGGAGGCAGGAUGGGAGGAGGAACAUUAGAGUAUGACCCUUUCACCAUAUGUGAGAAAUCUCAGGAGGCACCCAAACCCCUUCCCCCAGCUGAUGCUCUCAUCAUUCAUUCAGUCCAGCUGUUUGGAGUAAUUUUUCUCCAUUUGACAGUCCAUCAGAGAGUUCAGAUCCUGGAGCAGUUCUGUGAGUGUGUGAGGCAGCUGAAGGGCACUCGGCAACAGAUGGUCCAAAUCCACGUAACAGCUGCUUUUUGUAGCAGUCUGAAGUGCUUUGCAUUGGGUGAUGUAACACUUGGUCCAGAGGAGGUGCAGAAGCCCGCACUCUCUCUCUUACUCGGAGCGCUGGAGAGCUCUAACUCUCUACUGCGAUGUGUGGCUGCUGAGGGUUUAGCCCGAUUAGCACAGGUUCUCAGUGACCACAAUGUAACAGUCACCCUCAGCCUGAUGAGCUUUGAUAAGCUGAAAGCAGCAAGAGAAGCUGUUUUGCGGACCGGACAUGCCCUGUUGCUGGGGGCACUCUAUCGCUACCAGGGAGGCAUUAGUUCAGCCAAAAACCUCAGUGCUUAUGUGGGGGUUCUUUUCACACUCUCACAGGACAGCAGCUCGCCAGAGGUCCAGAUGUGCGCUCUCCAUUCUUUGGCCAUGGUGGUGGACCAGGCUGGACCUCUGUACCAUAGUCACAUGGAGGCCAGUUUGACUCUAAUUUUGCGCCUGCUUCUCACCACACCACACACUCAUGUGGAGGUGCAGCAGAGUCUUGGGCGCUGCCUCAUUGCACUCAUCACAUCACUGGGUCCUGACUUGCAAGGUGAGGGUGUGGGUGUGUGUGCAGUUAGGAGCUCAUGUUUGCUGGCCUGUGCUAUAAUGCAGGACAGUCCAGACUGCCUGGUGCAGGCUCAGGCUAUUUCAUGCCUCCAACACUUGCACAUGUUCUCACCCCGCCACGUCGACCUGGCCAGUCUGGUACCCAGCCUCUGUGGGAUCUUGUUGGAUUAUUCUGUUUUGGUGAACCUGUGCAGCUCAUUCCUGUAUCUACGCAGGGCGGUGGUAGCGUGUUUGCGUCAGUUAGCCCAGCGAGAGGCAGUGGCGGUGUCUGAGUAUGCUGUGGCCCUGGUCAAGGAGCUGCCACGAAGAGACAACACACAGUUGGAUGUGACCAUUAAGGAGGUGGGUCUGGAGGGAGCUCUGUUUAGUCUGUUGGAUCAUGAGCGGGAUGCCCGACUCUGCCAAGACAUUGAAGAAACACUUGUCCACAUGAUGAGCUCAGCCGCUGAGAGCCAGCUGGCUCACUGGCUCAAGCUCUGCAAGGAUGUACUCUCCUCUGCCUGUUCAGACUCAGUAGUUGCUGCGCCUGUGGAGAUGAAUCAGGAAGAGGAUGCAGACAGCUAUGAUGAUGCAUCAUUCUUUACUGCCAAGUGUGUAUACAAUGGGCCCUUCAACAACUUGCGCUGGUCCAGCCGUGUAUUCGCUGUUGAGUGUGUGUGCAACAUCAUAGUGCAAUGUGAGAGUGGACACCCGGCUCACUUUGACAUGACACUGGCUCAAGAACAACGUUUGCACAAGUCCACAGAUUUCCUGGUUCUACACUUGGGUGAUCUGGUGCGCAUGGCCUUUAUGGCAGCAACAGAUCAUAGCGAGCAGCUCCGGCUGGCCGGCUUACACAUGCUUCUGCUCAUCAUCCGCAAGUUUGCAGGUGUCCCAGAACCUGAGUUCCCCGGCCAUGUCAUUCUGGAGCAGUAUCAGGCCAAUGUGGGAGCUGCUCUAAGACCAGCCUUUUGUGCAGACGCUCCUCCUAAUGUCACUGCCAAAGCCUGUCAGGUUUGCAGUGCAUGGAUGGCCAGCGGGGUUGUCAGUGACCUCCGUGACCUCAGGAGGGUUUAUCAGCUAUUGGCGUCUUCGCUAAUCAAAGUUCAGGCUAGGAGGGAUGUGCCUAAUCCUCUCUACAACGAGAGCACCUUAACUAUGGAGACACUAGCUGUUCUCAAAGCCUGGGCAGAGGUGUAUAUCAUGGCAGUGGAAAGCAGCAGGCACAGAGAGAAGCAGGACCCUUCUGAUGAUGGUGAAGCUGCAGGGCUGCUAAAACUGGUGCAGGGUGAGCUGGGCACACUGAGCUGCCUGUGGCUGGCAGCACUGCAGGACCACGCGCUGCUCACACUGCCUCCAGACUAUGCCAAGCAGCUACCUUCCACAGGUGGCUCAUUCUACACAGCCGAAGCACUGGACCAGGCACGUCAGCAUUACUGCAGCUCCUGGGCUCCAAUCCUCCAUGCCACGGCGCUCUGGCUCAACAGCAGUGAGUUUAUCAUGGCUGAUGAGGGGCCGGCCAACCUCUCCAGACCAGUCACCCCCACCACAAUGGGCCAGUCCACCACUCGGGACAGCACAAAGUCCCAAGAGGACAUCAGUGUGGAGCGUCUUCACCUCAUCCUGGGCAUCAGUGUGGAGUUUCUGUGCUCACCUCACUCUCAGAAUCAAAUGGAAAACAUCAUCUCAUGUCUUCACGCAUUGCAAGCUUUACUCGAAGUGCCUUGGCCCCGUUCCAAAGUGGGCAAUGAUCAGACACUGAGUGUGGAGCUCCUCAGAGUGCUGCAUAGGCUGAUUGUGACCCGAGAGUCUCCACAGAUUCAGCUGGCCGUGUUGGAAUUGGUGCGACAGGUGGUGUGUGCCACUCAGGAGCAUGUUAAAGAGAAACGCCACAGCGCUGAGGUGGAUGAUGGUGCAGCUGAGAAGGAGACAGUGCCUGAGUUUGGUGAGGGCCGGGACACUGGCGGCCUGGUUCCGGGAAAGUCUUUGGUGUUUGGAGCUCUGCAGCUGUGUCUUUGCACACUACUACGGAAACUUCCACAACUCAGUCCUCGACUGGCAGGCAGUCCCAGAGGACAGGGAGGUAUAGUCUCCUCCCUAAGUGACAGCGACUGCACUCUGAUCUCCUUGGCUUUAGAGAUCCUCUCAGAAUUGCCCUCCAUCUGCUCUCCUGAGGGCAGCGUAUCAGUGUUGCCCACGGUGCUCUAUCUGUUGCUUGGGGUGCUGCGGGAGUUGGUGAGGGAAUAUGGAGGAGUGGGCAAAGAGACACUGGUGCCUGGGACACUUCAAGCACUACGCACGGUCCUGUCAUCUCCCAUGAGCAGAGUGGAGAAAAGCCGCCGUGCCUGGGUCCAGCUCCUGCGCUGUGCUCUCACUACACUGCUUAUGUGCUGGAACACAGACACAACAGAAUCUGGUGUGGAUGAGAUCACUUUGCUGACAGCACUCACCAUCUUCCUGCUUUGUGCCAGUGUUGAGGUCACCAAUGUAGAGCCGCUAAAGACGUGCUGCAUCAGCAAGUUCCAGGCCGGCCUGGAGUCCAAGGACCCCAUGGUGUUGAGCCGGUGUUACCAGUUACUGGCAUCAGUGUUUCAGGGCCCAGCAGUGGUGGCAGAGUCCUUUAUCAGGGGACUGGGCACUCAGCUAGUGGCUCGGCUGCAGCAGGUGGAGAAAAACCGCCCUCAGACCACCAUCGAGCUGCAGGCCGUGCAGAAUGGCGUCAGAGCCAUGGAGGCAUUAGUGCUCGCUGCUCAGGAAACUCACCGUGCCCAGUUGGUGGCUGUGCUGUUGCCCAUCCUAGUCUCCUUCCUGGUGGAUGAAAACACUCUGGCUACGGCUCCUGAAGCCUCCUGUUCUCUGCAUGAGUCUGCUUUGCAAGACCUGAUGCGCCUCGGCCCUCAGUAUCCAGCUGUUUUUAAAGCCUCCAUGGCCUCGGCACCACACAUGAAGGCUCGACUUGAGGCGGCCAUCAAGGGCAACCAAGAAAUUGUAAGCACCAAGGCCAUAUCGACUCGGGUGCCCAACAUGAGCCAGGUGCCCAGCAUCAAACUGAAGACCAACUUUCUGUGAAAACAGGGCAUUAUUGUGAAUUUUAAUAUUAGUUUAGGGCAAGAUUAGAGUUAUUUUAACUGAUUCAUUGUUUUAAGGUACUAGUUGAUUGUUGCAUUGUUCAAAUGUGAGCAUUUGUUAUAAUAAGGCAUUAACCUCUAUGAGGAUUUCGGUUUAAAUUGAGGGUUGUGCAAGGAGAGAGAGGAACUAGAUUAUGGUACAUAAUGCAGACAUUGUUUUAAGGCAUAGGACCUGGUUUAAUUCCCUUAAGUUGCAUUUAAAAUUUGAAACAAUAAAAUUGGAAUAUUUGAAUACCUCCAUACAUCCAAAAGUUAGUAAAGGAAUGUCUGUGUUCUUUUAUUAGCACAGUAUUUCCUAAUGCUAAUCCUUAUGGAGACAAAUAAAGGAUGAAUACCUGCUUCAUUGUUAACUAGCUUGCAACUAAAUCCAUAACUAUUCUGGGUCACUCCAGGAGUGACUAAAUACAGGGAGCAUUGCAGAAUCAUGCAUUGACAUUAACCAUACUCUAUGUAAAUUUGUCUGUAAUGUUGAAAUAAAACAUUUUAAGUCACUAGAGACUGAA